GUGUGUUGCCUAUUUACGAGCCCGGCCUCGAUAAAUUGGUGCACCGCAAUUACGAGAAGGGCCGCCUGAGUUUUUCUACCAAACUGCCUGAAGCCAUAAAAGGCGCAGACGCUGCUUUUAUUGCCGUGGGUACACCUCCCGGUGAAGACGGCAGCGCUGAUUUGAAAUACGUACUGGCGGUGGCCCGCGAAAUUGGUGAGAAUAUGAAUGAUUACGGGGUAAUCAUCACCAAGAGCACCGUGCCCGUAGGUACAGCCGCUAAAGUGCGGAAGGAGAUUCAGGACGCACUUGAUAAGCGCGGGGUUUCUAUCGAUUUUGACGUGGCUUCUAAUCCGGAGUUCCUGAAAGAGGGUGCGGCCGUAAACGAUUUUAUGAAACCCGAUCGUAUUGUGAUUGGCGUAGAGUCUGACCGUGCUAAAAAUAUUUUGGAAAAGGUAUAUCAUCCUUUUACACUCAACGGCCACCCGGUAAUCUUUAUGGAUGUUCCUUCGGCUGAAAUGACCAAAUACGCGGCAAACGCCAUGUUGGCAACCAAAAUUAGCUUUAUGAACGAUGUGGCCAACCUUUGCGAAAUUGUUGGGGCCGAUGUGAAUAAAGUGAGAACAGGCAUAGGCUCUGAUCCGCGCAUCGGAAACAAAUUCAUUUAUCCUGGCAUCGGUUACGGAGGCAGCUGCUUUCCCAAAGAUGUAAAAGCAUUGGUGCGUACGGCUCGCGAAAACGGGCACGAAAUGCGCAUUUUGCAGGCAGUAGAAGAUGUUAAUGAAGAUCAGAAGUCUGUAUUAUUCAAUAAGAUUAAGAAGAAGUUUGGCGACCUCAAGGGCAAGCAUUUCGCCAUGUGGGGGCUGUCGUUUAAACCCAAUACCGAUGAUAUGCGCGAGGCACCGUCCAUCGUGAUUAUUGAAAAACUACUGGCAGAAGGUGCUACGGUUUCUGCCUAUGAUCCGGUAGCCAUGGAAGAGGCCAAGCACGAUUUGGGCGAUAGAAUUACCUACGCCAAUGAUGAAUACGCUACCCUCGACAACGCAGAUGCCUUGUUGGUGGUAACCGAGUGGAGUGAAUUUCGGGUGCCGGAUUUCAAAAAGCUGAAGGAAGGCUACCAGGUGGUGGGCAUGGAUAACUUGAUUACCGGUGAUUUAAAAAACAUUGAGCACCUAUUUAAACUCAAGGAGUUUGAAUUUUAUCAUGCCGAUGUUUCCAAGUUUAUUCACGUGUCUGGUGAUCUGGAUUAUAUCCUGCACUUUGCCUCUCCGGCCAGCCCAAUUGAUUAUUUGAAGAUACCUAUUCAGACCCUGAAAGUGGGUUCCCUGGGAAUUCAUAACUGCCUCGGACUGGGUAUGGCCAAAGAUGCCAGGGUGCUUAUUGCCUCCACCAGCGAGGUGUACGGUGAUCCUAUGGUGCAUCCGCAAACAGAAGACUACUGGGGCAACGUAAACCCGGUGGGGCCGCGUGGAGUGUAUGACGAAGCCAAGCGCUUUCAGGAGGCCAUGACCAUGGCUUACCACACUUACCACGGCUUGGAAACCCGCAUUGUGCGUAUAUUCAACACCUAUGGUCCGCGCAUGCGCCUGAACGAUGGCCGAGUGUUGCCCGCUUUUAUUGGCCAGGCCCUUCGCGGGGAAGACCUGACCAUUUUUGGCGAUGGCUCACAAACGCGUUCAUUUUGCUAUGUUGACGACUUGGUGGAAGGCAUUUACCGUCUGUUGCUAAGCGAUUAUGCCCAACCGGUAAACAUUGGCAACCCCGAUGAAAUUACCAUUAAAGAUUUUGCGGAGGAGAUUAUUCAACUAACCGGUACCGAUCAAAAAGUGACCUACAAGCCACUGCCUAAGGAUGAUCCCACCCAAAGACAACCGGAUAUUUCUACGGCCAAAGAAAUACUGGAUUGGCAGCCAAAAGUGAGUAGGAGCGAGGGUUUGAAAAUUACCUAUGAGUACUUCAAAACCUUGUCGCAAGACGACCUGCACAAAAAAGAGCACAAAGACUUUUCAGAAUAUUCCCGUAAAAAGUAA